AUGUCAUGUUGCUUAGAGGCCCUGACCAUGUAGUACACAGACAGCACAAGGGGCCUGGGCCAAGAGGGAGGGGAAGUUACUGAAGAAGCACCAAAGAUCAUGGGAAGCAGGUGCGGAGGCCCAGGGGUGUGGCUGAUCCAGGCCAGUUCCAGAGUUUCCUGAGCCCUGAGGGGAGGGAUUUGAUGGAGCCAUCCCAAUUAGGACUGAGUGUUACAAGGCCUCUCACCUUCUACACACUGUCCAGCUGUGCAGUUUGGAGCAUGUGGACAUACUCUGAGCCUUGAUGAGUUCCAGUAUGUGGUACAUUAUGCAGAGCAUUCAGAGCAAAUACUCCCUCUCAGAACGCCUGAUCCGAACAAUCGCUGCCAUUCGCUCCUUCCCACAUGACAACGUAGAGGACCUCAUCAGAGGGGGAGCAGAUGUGAACUGCACCCACGGCACGCUGAAGCCCCUGCACUGUGCCUGCAUGGUGUCAGAUGCUGACUGUGUGGAGUUACUCCUGGAAAAGGGAGCAGAGGUCAAUGCCCUGGAUGGUUACAACAGAACAGCCCUCCACUAUGCUGCAGAGAAAGAUGAGGCUUGUGUGGAGGUCCUGUUGGAAUAUGGUGCAAACCCCAAUGCACUGGAUGGCAACAGAGACACCCCGCUUCACUGGGCAGCCUUUAAGAACAAUGCUGAGUGUGUACGCACUCUCCUAGAGAGUGGGGCCUCUGUCAAUGCCCUGGAUUACAACAAUGAUACACCACUCAGCUGGGCUGCCAUGAAGGGAAAUCUUGAAAGUGUCAGCAUCCUUCUUGAUUAUGGUGCUGAGGUCAAAGUCAUCAACUUGAAAGGUCAAACACCCAUCUCCCGCCUGGUGGCUCUGCUAGUUAGAGGACUUGGAACAGAAAAAGAAGACUCCUGCUUUGAGCUCCUCCAUAGAGCUGUUGGACACUUUGAAUUAAGGAAAAAUGGCACCAUGCCAAGAGAAGUGACCAAAGACCAGCAGCUAUGUGAAAAACUGACUAUGUUAUGCUCAGCACCAGGAACUCUUAAGACACUUGCCCGCUAUGCUGUACGCCACAGCCUGGGUCCCCUGUACCUGCCCGAUGCGGUAAAGGGUCUUCCACUGCCAGCUUCUUUGAAGGAAUACCUGUUACUCUUAGAAUAGCCUGGAGGAGAAAUGUCCGCCAUCAUGCAGACAACUCUGGGUGAGGUUUUCUUUGCAAUACUGUCUCUUUGUCAUGGAACACAGAAAAGAACCUGUUCCUGUCAUGUGGUUUAUAGGUUUUUGAGGCAGCACAUCACAGCAGUAAUGUGUGCACCAUCUCCCCUCUCCAUACCAAGCAACCAAACCCAAAAUAACAAACUUCCUGCA